AUAAGUAUAUAUUCAGCAAUGUCGGCAAAAUUUUCUUCAAUCAAACGUGUUAUCAUUUGUAGCUGACGUCACAACUCGAAACGUCUUAAUUCUAUUCUAAAAAAAAAAAUUACACUCGAAUAUAGUAGGUUCGUUGUUUUUCAGUUUGAAAAAAAAACAGUCGUCUGACAGUUGCGCACAGCCGCGCCUUUGGCGAGAACACGAAAGUGUGAUCUAACCUCAAAAACCCACGUCAAUAGUGGCGUGAGCCUCACAGGCAUCACUGAAUCAAAGAUCUUAUCCUCGAAGGAACAAUAAUUAAUAAGAAAGUGAACUAUUGAAUCAAUCGUGCUGUCAAAAAACAUUUCUCUACGAUGGCAUCGACGAGAGAGAGACGUUCCAAUGCUGGGAAUAAAAUGGCAAGAUUACUCAACGAAGAAGAAGAGGAUGAUUUCUAUAAAACUACAUACGGAGGGUUCGAAGAAGUCGAGCAGGAUAACGAUUACAUGGAAGAGGACGAAGGCGAGGAUGAAGUGGACUCAGAUUUUAGUAUAGACGAAAAUGACGAGCCUGUUUCCGAUCCCGAACAAGAAGGACCCAAAAAAAAACGACGCCUUGUUACAAAGGCAUACAAAGAGCCCAAACCUACCUCAGCACACUCACAUUCUACUCCUAAAGAGAAAAAGCCUAAGACACCCAGGCAACGUCGAACUUCUAUUGACAAUUCAGAGAGAAAAUCGAUUCGUCGUUCUACUGCUGCAAAGUCGGCAGCGACCCAAAGACGACUCAAAGAGAGAAAUGAGGAUCUGAAAAGAAAAGUUAAGACUGUAAAGUACGACGUUUGGAAGCCAACGCAGGAAGAACUGUUGGAGGAAGCCCUCAUCACGGAGGAAGUAAAUUUAAAAUCAUUAGAAAAAUACCAAAAGUUAGAGAACGAGAAGAAAAACACGAGGACAGUGCGAAAGACAAAUGUUGGCCCUAUUAUACGUUACCAAUCUUUGUCUAUGCCUGUUUUGAUGCUGUCUGAAACACAAGCUGACAAAGAUGAGGAAAAAAUUAACGUCGAAGCUGACGAUGAAAAAAAUACUACUAAUACAACCAGUGAUAUUCUAGAACCUGGAUUAUCACCUCCCUUGUCUGAAAAACCAGAGAUAAUGGAUCAACAAAAAACUAUUGACGGCGGUAACAAAGAUACACCUAUUAAACAGAAGGGAGAAUCGAGCUCAGCUCCUAAUGAAGCUGAAAGUCAAAUCAUUCAUGAAGAUACAGGUUCUAAAUACGAAAGAACUUUCAUCACAUUUGAAAACGAACGACUUUUUACAGAAGCUUUCAAACGUACACCUGCUCCUCGCCCCUCUCUAAAAUCUCUUUGUGCAAUUACAAGACUUCCUGCGCGGUAUAUGGAUCCAGUGACACAGCUACCGUACAGAAAUAUACAAAUGUUUAGAAUAUUAAGAGAGGCGUAUUAUCAACAGCUGGAGUCUCGUGCAGAGACAAACGAUGCUACUCAAAACCUUGAAUUGGUACGGUGGCUUGAAUGGCGACAGAAAAAUCGUCGCAAUAAUAACAGAAAUACGAUUCGUCUGGAACCUGCUUCAGUGUCGCAGACAUCUUAGCUGAUCCUUCUGGUCAAUCGCUAUUCCUUGUAGCAUUGAACAGUCUUUUGUCACAUCAUUUGACAUGACACUGGAUAAUUAUUUUAUCAAAUGCCUGCUUCAGUAUUUUCAUACGAAAAUGAGAAUGAAAAUCAAAGAAAUCGAAGCAAUUUACACCACUUUCCCUUUCGAAAAUAUGGAAAUUGCUGCUACUCUGUUGGGUAGAUGACUUCCUUCGAGGGAUUUUAAGAAUUGGGAUUGGAUUAAAAAAUAUCUAUUUUUGAAACAAACGGAACGAGUUUCAAUGGUUUUUAUUGUUUUUUUUUUUUCGUUUUUUUUUAAUAAAGCUUUGCCACUUCACAUUAACUAGUAGAAUAAGUUAAAGUUUUUUUGUUUUCAUAUUCUUUAUUGCUAAAAUGCAAAUUUAUCAUUUACCUACAUGGAUUUAAUCAGGAAACCACAAUCAGCACUAAGACGUUUUCUAUUUGAUACAACGAAAAAGACGUCUUUAUUUCAAUAUGAAUAAAAUUAAAUGUGUAGAAAAAAAAAAUUAGGUAUGUAAUUGUAAUUAAUAAUAAGGUUAGUAAAUUACGCAUAUCAUAAGGUUUUCAUAACAGUGUGUUUAAUUUUUUAAUUUUUUUUUUCUCAAGAUUUUUUUCCUUUAUUUCUUCUAAAGCAUGUUUUGUAUAGUAAUUAGGAGUUGUUAAUCUCUCGUGUAGUGCGCGAAGCCUAGACAUUUCAAGUUCCACAACGUGUUGUUCGCUGUUGCCUUUGCUUCGAUUUAUUUCAUUCAGUUCCAAGUCAUUCUAUUUUACGACAAAGAUGGUUCUCGCAAUCUGCAACGCGUCUACACGCGUAUCAAACCAAUCAAUCAUUUAUCUGUACAUGCUCAAAAUGUCUUCCUGGUCGCAAUCUUAAAUUAAAUUUAAAUGUCUACGUGAAAUUGUUUAUUAUUUUUUUACCUUUGUUUUUUCAUUUCUUAAAUUAAUAUUUCACACAAUUUUCUGGACACGAAGCUGUUUGUAAAAAAUAAAGUCGAAAAGCAUACAGUUUAGUGCUUGCGCGUAUCAUUUUAUUUUAAUUCUACUACGUGCGCGCGAGAGCAAGUAGUGAUCAACAUGGAGUCAUUCCCAUCUUCGUCGUUUCGUCUUUAUUGAUAUUUAGUAUUUUCAUUACGACGUCUGCUCUGCACAAUUAUCAUUGUAAUUGUGUUAUUAUUUGUAAAUUGUUUAUAGUAUAUGUACUCGUGAUCAUCACACUAUGCGUAGAGAAGAAUAAUUAUAUAUGUAUUACAAAGAAGCGGUAAUACAACAUUUAAUUAUCAUAACGUAAUAUAUAUAUAUAUAUACAUACAUAUAUGUAUAAUAGUGUAGAUAUAUAUGUGUAUAUAUAUGUAUAUGUAUAGUAGUAAAUAAGACAAAUUUGAAUAGAGGGCAGAAUGGUGUGCCGGCCACGGUGAAUUCUUUAUCUUGUACGUCGCUUUUUCGGGAGAAUUGAAUCUUUUUCUGCCAUUUAAAC